UUAUCGGUUAGUCCUUCUGGCAAUUCUUUUCUGUUGGUCUUUUAUCCUGAAUUGCAGGUGAUUUCACUGUACUUAUGUUUUUCUUUUCUUUUUUCCACCACCUUUGCAGGUAAUCUAAUUUCGAUUCUGGUUUUUGCUUCUCCCAUAAAAACCUUUUGGUGGGUGGUGAAGAAGAAAUCAACUGAGAAUUACAAAGGAGUUCCAUACAUAACAACCCUUUUAAGCACCAGCUUGUGGACUUUCUAUGGCAUCAUCAAUCCAGAUGGUUUACUUGUCAUGACGGUGAAUGGAGCUGGUGCCAUCUUUCAGCUCAUCUAUGUCACUCUCUUCCUCAUCUAUGCUCCCAAAGAUAAAAAGAUCAAGACUGCAAAGUUGGUGGCUGUGUUGGAUGUUGGUUUUCUUGGAGCUGUAAUUGCUGUGACUCUUCUGGCAAUUCAUGGGAGAAUGCGGCUCACCUUUGUUGGGAUUCUGUGUGCUGGUUUAACCAUAGGCAUGUAUGCAUCACCCCUAUCAGCCAUGAGGACAGUGAUAAGGACCAAGAGUGUGGAGUACAUGCCAUUUUUACUCUCAUUUUUCUUGUUCCUCAAUGCUGGUGUUUGGUCUGCUUAUGCAAUGCUUGUGAAGGAUAUCUACAUUGGAGUGCCAAAUGCAGUAGGUUUUGUGUUGGGGUCAGCUCAGUUGAUCCUCUAUGUUAUAUACAAGAACAAGUCUGCUUCAGCAAAAUCACCCGAGGCCAUGGAAGAAGAAGGCUCAGCUCACCUGGUGAAACGAGGCAUAGAGAUGCAUUCACUUGAAGACGAUCUGAAGAAUAGAAGUCUAAACAAGGGCAGAAGCCUCCCAAAGCCACAUGUUAGUCGACAAUAUAGCUUGCAGAAGAUCAUGAAGACAAUUUCUUUGACUCCAUAUGAAUCGCAGUCCAGUUAUCCUCUUCACAGUGAUGUAGAGGAUGGAAACACAGACACCGGUCACCCCUGAUCUUGAAGGAAGUCAAAUUAAGCAUUGGGGAGCUCGAAAAUUCAAGGCUCUGCCAGUUUUUUAAGGCUCUCUUUUGUUGUACAAAGAAAUAGAUGAUGGUUCAGGGUAAUGUAGAUCAUGCUUAAUGCUAAAACUCCAUAGACAAACGAAGCUAAGGCCGAAAAUCCGAUUGCAAAUUAACGGGUUGUGAUUCUUUUUGGCAUUAACAGGCCAACCUUUACUUUUGUAUUUCAGAAAACAACAUACGUAAAUUUUAAUUUUUUGUAGAAACAAUUGAAUUUUUGAGACGGA